UUAGCUCAGACACAUUCCAAAGCAGUGAGGCAGCCGCCGCGGGACUCGCGCGCGCCGCUCCACACGACUCGCCUCUCUCGCGGCUGCCGCCCGGGCCGGCGAACGAGCGCGCGAGCGAGCAGCCAGCUCAGCCCAGCCCAACCAGCGCUGCUGCUGCUGCUGCAAGCAGUUUUACUACUCGCGGUGCUUUCCUUAGCCUCGCGCGUGCGGAGCAGGACACACCAUGGCAGGUUCACGUCUCCGGCUACGGGAAGCGUCGGUUGUCGUCUGCUGAUAGAUAAGGAGGUGCGCGCGGCGGCGGCGGCGGCCGGGGGGGGGGGCGACACACAAGACCAGGAGCAUUCUGUGCCUCGGAGGCAAUUAAGUGGCAUGAUUGAUGGAGAAAUUAAUUGCUUUACCUACAACAGUCUUCUAAGACAUGGAGCAAGAGACAGCACAAGGUACUAUGAUGGAAAUGUUUACAUAUGAGGAAAAAAAGUCCAGAAUGAUGCACAAUUCCAGACAAAUUCCAUGUAGAUGUUGGUGUUCUGUGCCAAUCGACUGCUAAGAAAGUUUUGGAGGCUGUCUCUAAGUGAUGACGCGGGGCUUUGAAAGACUUUUCUGUCCACCAUAAAGGAAACUGAAAUAAAGCAUUCUGGAUGCCACUUAUCAAAAUAGAAAGAGAUUAAUUGCAAAAACGUAAAGAAUACCACUUCCAGGGAGCACUGUUCAAUAUUUUUGCUUUAACACAUAUUAAGAAAAGACUGAUGGCAAAAAACCUUGGAAGAGAGACACAUGUAUUCCUGCUUCUUUGGAGUUUCUUAACAUAAAUUAUGACAUAAUAGAGAACAGCUACAAGAACAGAAGUAUACAUAGCCACUUGUAUAAAUCAUGUGAUCCUUUUGCAAAGAAAGACAAAUGUUUAAAAACUGGAAUUCCUCCAUCACUGGAAAGAACUAUGUGUGCUGAAAUUCAAUUAAAAAUGGAUGGAUCUCAAGUAGAGCUCAAGCCACUAAGAAGCCAGUCCUCAAAUAAAAAUAAAACAAAGAGCAAUGACUGCAGUUAUAUUAAAGAGAGAAAGGGUGUUUCAGAAAGCUUGUCUAGUUUGCACAAUAAUUUCAUUUGGAAUGACUGCCUCCAGCCAGUAAAAUCUUGUACUGAUUGCACCAAUGAUUCCACAGACUGCACUUGUAAUUUCAUGGAACUUCCAACUACCUGUGGGAGUAAAACUGGACCUCAGUUGUGUGCUGCUGCAGUAGAUAAGUAUUUGUAUUUGGAAGGAGCAACCCAAAACCUGAAUGUGGCGUGUUCAGCCCACAGUUUCUCAAGUGACAAUUUUACUGGAAAAAUGCCUUCAAAGCCCAUUCUGAGCCAUUUUGAAAACUGCAAUGAAGGCUAUUUAGAAGAGGCAGAGGAAGAUUUUUCUCGAAGUAAGAAGGAGCGUUCCACCCUAUUAAUCAGAAGAUUUUGCAAAAAUGAUAAGAAAGUUAAGAAAUCGGUCUAUACUGGGACAAGAGCCAUUGUUAAGACUUUACCAUCAGGACAUAUAGGAGUGGUUGCUUGGAACUGUGUUAAUCAUUGGAGAAGGCAUAAUGAGCUAAAACACCACAGAGUUAUUUCAGAACUUAAAUUUCAAAAUUCAGUAAGCCAAGUGCUAAGUUCUUAUCUUCUGCAAUCUAUACACCAUGAGAUUUUGAAGUCAGCAAAAGGAACAGGAGAUUCUUUGAAUUACUUUCCUCGCCCUUUGAGGGAACCUCUGACUCAGUACCACGGUACAAAUUGUUGGUGCAAAGGUGACAAUUCUUCCAUAAAAUCAUGUACUCAGCAAGCUCCUGAAUACCGGGCUACUUUACGCAGGACUUCUCUUUCAGAGUUUAUUGGUGGUGCUUUACUAGAAGCAACUACAUCACUGGGCUCAAGAAGUGGUACAUUAAAUAUUUUAGGAGGAUCAACUGGAAAGACCAUGCUGAAAGACAAUUGGUUGAUCGUAGCUGCUUCCUUCCAAAAAGCUGUGCAAGACACCAACGUCACUCUUCAAACUCUGGCAGACCUGGGCCUGAAGGUCAAUGUGGUGAAAUCUCCUCUCCAGCCAUCUCAGGACAUGGACUAUAUAGAUGCACGUCUCAAUUCAAUCAGCGCGAGAAUCUUUCUUCCACCAGAAAGAAUUCAGGAAUUACGCAGAGCAAUUCAUCCCUUCCAUCCUUUCGCCAAGAUUUCUGCCCACCACAGGCAACACCUGUUGGGCCUCAUGGCAUCAACUACAUCAACUCUACCACUCACAAGUUUGAAAAUGCGAUCUCCACAGGCCUGGUACCUGUCACAAUUCGAUUCAAUAUCAGACAGACCUACCAAGCGCCUGUGUGUAACACCAGAGCUUACAAGAUAG